GAAAUUUACAGAGUGACGUCAUGUUGGUCACGAGGUCUUCCUUGGCAUAUAAAUACAAGGAGCACGACUUCAUUGUUUCAGACCCGGAUUUGAGAAUUGAGUUCUUGCUUCAACAGUGUUUGAACGGAACUUCCUCCUUACAUCCGAACAUUCCUUUCGUUGGCCCUGCAUUCUGUAAUUUCAAAACCUUUUUUUUUACUUGAACACUACUGAAAAAGUUGACGUAAAGCUCUAUUUUUGUACCGUUUUUGAUAAAAAAAACAAAUACGAGAAACAGCCAAAAUGGAGUCCCAAGUGCGUCAGAACUACCACCGUGACUGCGAGGCCGCCAUCAACCGGAUGGUUAACAUGGAGCUUUUUGCCUCCUACACCUACACUUCAAUGGCAUUUUACUUCAACCGUGACGAUGUAGCCCUUCCAGGCUUCUCCCAUUUCUUCAAGGAGAACAGUGACGAGGAGAGGGAACAUGCCGAGAAGCUCUUGUCUUUCCAGAACAAGAGAGGAGGGCGCAUCUUCUUCCAGGAUGUCAAGAAACCUGAACGUGAUGAGUGGGGAAGUGGUCUGGAGGCCAUGCAGUGUGCCCUGCAGCUGGAAAAGAACGUCAACCAGGCUCUGCUGGAUUUGCACAAGCUGGCGUCCGAUCAUGGAGAUCCUCAUCUGUGUGACUUCCUGGAGUCUCACUAUCUGAAUGAGCAAGUGGAGGCCAUCAAGAAGCUGGGUGACUACAUCACCAACCUCACCCGCAUGGAUGCACACAACAACAAGAUGGCCGAAUACCUGUUUGACAAGCACUCCAUGGGUGGGAAGAGCUAAAAUGCCCGAAUGAAAAUGUUAAAGCAGUCAUCAAACUUAACGUGCUUCUUCUGCUGUUCAACCCUUGAGCACGAUUUUUUUUUUUCCUUAAAUGAUGAAACAUGUUAAAGCAUCAGGUUGACAUGAAAAAAUACAUUCCCUGCUGGGGCUGUCUUUUAAUCUAAAUAAACAUUUUGAGCUGCAUUUGUCUCUGUUUUACUUGUUCUUUAACCGGAGAAUGUCUGCACUGG